GUUCUUCAUUUCUUUAUUUGAUGUUCGUUUGUGUGGAGCACCAUUACCUAACCUAGCGAGGUGCAUUCAGGUUGUUUCUGUGGUGGUGUCGUCGUACCGGAAGCAUCCACUAAUGUUUCAUCAAUAUACGCAUUGACUCUAAUCGUAAGUGUAAGAGGUCAAAAUUGUAGCUAGAAGGCAAUGUUGGGGUCUUCGCUCGGUCGACUAACGGGUUGCAGAUCACUGCCUUCGGCUCUGGUAAACAGCUCACGGAAUUUCGCAACGUCAAAGCACGAGGAUCUCUCACUUGCAGGUCGAUACUCAGGAGCGCUACUGGCAGCGUCACUCAAGAAGAAGAACCUCGAUAAGGUACUAGAAUCAAAAAAGUUCAAAUCGUAGUCCAUUCAAAGGAGUAUGUUUGUAAUGGAAGAUGUAUCAUUAUCUACAUCUUCGUGAAACUGGAGAUGAACCACGUUCCUUCUACCUGGUUCUGGAAAUCGCUGGUGAUACGGGUUUUACUACAAUUUCGAUCAUCGCUUUUUCAUCGUUCAUGUGUUACUGUUGUUGAUAAUAUACUUCAACGUUUAGGUAUGGGGUGAUCUUUCCCACGUGCGUUCCUGCUUUGAGGAAUCCAAAGAAUUUGCACUCUUCGUCGAGAGCCCCGCAAUACAGCCAGCGAAGAAAGCGGAGGUUUUCCACGCACUAGCAGAGAAGUAUGGAUAUGAUAUGCUGACGGUGAACUACCUCAAGACACUUCUCGAGAACAAGCGACUAGCGGAGCUAAAGCGAAUGAUCGACAAUUAUGAGCAGUUUUAUCGUGCAGAGAAGAACCAACUCGUAUGUCAAGUGACCACGGUGAGCGAGCUCUCAUCAAAUGAAAAGCAAAAGGUGCUUCAUAUUUUUUGCCUUUGUUGUUCUUAUGUAAGAAGCACGAACAGUAUUCUUUCUCUGUUCCACAACCACACAUUCAUGUAAGAAAGCGUUGGUAGCGUUCCUGAACACAAUGAGUGACCGCAAAAAAUUGUGAUAAAUUUUUAUGUAAGUAGUCAAGAUUUGGAUGAAGUUCCUUGAUGACUCCAUUGGUUCUUCUCCUCCAUCAGGUAGAAAGCAUGCUGAAAAAGCGAGAGAGCGGAAGGGAGCUUAUUGUUGGUUACAAGACAAACGAUGCAAUUCUGGGAGGCAUAGUAGUGAAGAUGGGCGAAGCAGUCCUGGACUUUUCGGUCCAGUCCAAGCUAGAAAGGCUCUGCACGAAAUUGGCAGCCCCCAUCUAGCAUCAUAGGGCACCAGUCAUCAUAAAAUUGCUUGAAAUUCAUCAUCCUGAUGCAUUGCGCUUUGACAUGUCCCUUCACAUAUUGCUUUUUUCACCUGUCACGACAGUUUUAUGAACCUCCCAAAUUUGUCGAAUCCUGAAUAAAGAAAUCAUGGCUGUUCUUAAAACAUCGUGCAUAGUCGGAGAUUCAGGUAAGUCGUAGGUCCAAUCGCGGCCGAUUGACGUCAUCAGUCGGAAACUAGCAAGAGGCUUCUGGAGCUG